CUUCGAAGGCUACCCUCCUCACAAUGCAUCGCCAGGCCGUCCUGCGUCUGGCUCGCCAGACCGGCGCUUUUCCUCUGGGUGAACUGCCUCCGCCAUACCUCGCCCCGUCCCUCCAUUUCUCUCUCAAUCGGUCGCCGGCCCAGGCCUCGAACUUUUCGUCCACCGCUGCCGCCGCGGGCCACGGACGUGACCUGAGCAAGUCUCGCGGUGUGUCCGCCAUCCACCGCACCGGCCCGAAAUUCAAGCUGGGUGUGUCGAAGUACCCGUUGCCCAAGCCCGUCGCUCGCGGCGAAGUCGAAAAGCGUCACCCUACCCCCGACCAUGGACUCUGGGGAUUCUUCCCCAAGGACCGACAGGCAUUGAGCAGCCCGGAAUAUGAUACCGCCCACGGUCGUUCAUGGUCGAUUCAGGAACUCCGCGAGAAGUCGUGGGAUGACCUCCACUCUCUGUGGUGGGUCUGCGUCAAGGAGCGCAACCGCAUAGCCACCUCCAACUUGGAGAGAGAGAGACUGAAGGCCGGCUAUGGUGAAUACGAGGCGAACGAGCGAGACCGUGUGGUUCGCGUUACGCAAAACGGCAUCAAGCAUGUUCUGCGAGAAAGAUGGUACGCUUGGGAAGAUGCUCAGAAGCUUUACAAGAAUGGAUACCGGCCGCAGCAUGAAGGUACUCAGGAUGCAUCCUACCCUGCGAAGUCUGAGGAACCUGAGAACCUUGAGAAGCCUGAGCAGGCUGAGAAAGCGUAAAUUCCACCAUUGGUUAUGUCAUUGAAGACACACAGUUCGGGGCUCUAUUGACGGAAGUCCACCUUACUGGUCUUGUAUUAUUGUAUGUAGUAUAGUUUGCAACUUGCCCUAUUUUUUUACCAUGCAUUGGCUUGCUUCAGAAUCUAUACAUUGC